AGCUUGGCAUCGAAUCUCAAAAGAUACAUUGUGCAGCGAAAUGGCACAAACUGUGCCCUUUUCCAAGCAAAUGCGCUUAGCUACGAGAGACAUUCACAGUGUUAGUGAUGCUCUUGUUAACGCCAAGCUAGCAUUCGCUCUCUACGACAGUCGCGUCUGGGCCGAAGGGUUGCUCAUUUUCUACGACAUCUUCAAACAUCUCGAGCAGCAUGUCCCGCACGAUUUUCUACCACCGGAAAUUCAUCGAACGGCACAAUUUGAGCAAGAUCUACGCUUCUUUCUUGGCGACGGAUGGCUCGAACGACACACCCCAAAGCCGGAAGUGCGCGCUUAUCUGAAUCAUUUGCAUGAAAUUGAACAGGAGAAUGCAAAUCUCCUGUUAGCGUACGUCUACCAUCUUUACAUGGGCCUGCUGUCCGGGGGUCAAAUACUACAGAAGCGCCGUUCACUGGGACGUCGGAUAAAUCCAUUCCGCAGUGCAGAUACAGCUACGGUUGAAGGAGCGGCCCUAACAACAUUCGAGAAUCACAGUAUUUACGAGCUAAAGCAACAUUUGCGCAAAAUAGUGGACGAGUUCGGUGCACGAAUAGACGACGAAACGCGCCAACGAAUGUUGGAAGAAAGCAGGAAAGUAUUUGAGCUAAACAACACCAUCAUCAAGACGGUGGAGGGCGUCGGUUCGGCAAACGUGCGUACCGUGUUGUAUGUUGGAAUGGUCAUUGCGGCUCUCAUUAUGGCGCAAUACAUUUUGCGAAACAACGUGGACAGCAAGCAAGAUCGUUAA